AAAACAAAAAAGGAGAGGAGAGGGGAACAAGAACUCCUCCGAUCCCACACCCGCCCCCGCCCUCGCGAUCCAUCCACACAGCGAUCCCUCUGCUCCCCCAUUCCACUACUCCAGUGGACAGGCCGAAUCCGGAAUCCCCCAUCGCGCUCAGCGGAGACGGGCGAGGCGAAGAGAGGCCGGGGGUGAUGAAUUGUUACGCUGCAUGGACGGAGCAAGCGAGGAGCCUCUCCACAAGGACUACUACAAAGUUCUGGAGGUCGAUUAUGGUGCAUCUGAUGACACCAUCAAAUUGAGUUAUAGAAGAUUAGCUUUGAAGUGGCAUCCAGACAAGCAUAAGGGCGAGGAUGAUGUCACAGCAAAAUUUCAGGAGAUCAAUGAAGCUUAUAAAAUUUUAAGUGAUCCAAUUACGCGACUUGAAUAUGACUUUUCUGGCGGUUACGAGAUCAACCAGUAUACUGCACGCGAGUACCUUUCAAGAUUUAAGGGUAUGAUACUUACCUGCAAUGGCCUUGGCAUAGACCAUUCUUCGAAAUGGGCCCAACAUAUGAGAGAAUGGGAGCCCCAUUGAUCAGUAGGUACAGCUUGUUUGUUCCUGUAGCAUCUCCGAUGACGAUUGGACAUGUGUUUAUUCUUCAGUAGCACUGCAACGGAUCUUGCCAUGUGCCGUUGCACUUUUGCUAGAAUGAGAUACAUUACCCAGUUUCCAAUUGUAACACUUGGCUGUUCACUAUUUGACUUGUACAAAAACGAAAGAAUGGUUACUUGUCAGCAUGAACCAUGGCUAAAGAGACUAGAAAUGGACUUUUUUGAGCCACGGGAA